GUGGCCUCCUUGUGCUGUGCUGACGGAGAGGAAAAAAUUUUAAUACAAUGCUUGGCACGGGCUGCGUGGAAACAGCCUUCAGACCUCGACACCUCGCUCCCCCCGGGGUUGUGUGCCCGGCACUGCCAGCCACCGGGCUGGCACAGACACCAGCCCUUUCCCCUGUGGCUCCGCUGGGCUGGGGUUGGGUGUAAAACCCAACAUCUCACCCCUGAAGGGAGCAGGGUCCUCUCUGGGAUGAGUGGGAUGGGAUCCAAGGGGGAUAACCUUUGCCUCCAGCAAAAUGUUGAGCCCCCGGGGAGCUUCAUCUCCCUCCCUGUGGAGGAGGAGGAGGCUGCUGGAGCUCCGGGUGGCUCCGGGAUCCUGGGGAACGGUCCCUUUUGGAUCAUGGGCCUCCACGGAAACACCCUGCAGCCCCUGUUCCUGCUGCCACGGCAUCUCCACGGGGUUUUGCCAUCUGCUGCUCUGGCCACAGCCGCCAGCUUGGCUCGCCCUGCUGCCAGCCUGUUCUGGGUGGCUGCCUCCGGGUCCCACUGACACUUGCUGGUGACUCCGUGGACCCCCCCUGAGCCUUUCGCAGCCGGUUCCUCCUUCCUUUUCUCAAGGGGGGGGACCCUCCUUCCCUCUGUGCUGGCGAACGUGGGGUGCCAGGGUGGGAUGGGACAGCCCUGGGUGUCUUCACUUUGGAGAGGGAGGCUCUUUGGCAGCCCAAAAAGCCUUUUUUCCUCAGGAACUGUAUAAAACAGACAGGAUCUGGUUUGGUCAUAGGAAUAUUUGCCCUUAGAGAGAGAGAGAAGGGGUGUCCAGAGACCUGAGGGUCCCCAUGGUGUCUCCCUGCAGGUGACGCACUGGCUUGGCAGAUGUUGCCCCAAUUGACGUAGGACCCAAGUCGCUUGGGCCGAGGAUGAGCAAACCCACAGACCUGCAGCACGACCUGGAACGGAGCCUCCCAGCCAUUGCCUCCAUCAGCACCUCCUUCUCCCAGAGCCAGGGCUUCUCCCCCUACUACUACGUCUCUCCGGAGAAGAGAAAAGCCAUCUCAGAUGUGAGGAGGACCUUCUGCCUCUUCGUCACCUUCGACCUGCUCUUCAUCUCUUUGUUGUGGAUCAUCGAAUUGAAUACCAAGGAUGGCAUUCAGAAGAACCUGAAGAAUGAAAUCAUCGAGUACAAAUUUAAGUCCUCUUUCUUCGAUAUAUUUGGAUCUGAGCUACGUAAAUUGAUUUUUCAGGUCACUACAUUGGUAUCCAGCGCCUUCCUGAUCGUGAAGGUCAUCCUCUCCGAGCUUCUGACCAAAGGGGCUUUCGGUUAUUUACUUCCCAUCGUCUCGUUUGUCAUUGCCUGGCUGGAGACUUGGUUCCUUGAUUUUAAAGUCCUAACUCAGGAAGCCAAAGAGGAACGCUGGUACCUGGCAGCCCAGGCUGCAGCCUCUCGUGGGCCCCUGCUGUACCCCAGAGCCCUUUCUGAGGGGCAGUUCUACUCCCCGCCGGAGUCCUUCGCAGGGUCGGACAAUGAGUCGGAUGAGGAAGGUGCGGGGAGGAAGGCGCUGACAGCUCAGGAAAAAGAGUACAUCCGCCAGGGGAAAGAUGCGAUGGAGGUUGUGGACCAAAUCCUCGCCCAGGAGGAGAACUGGAAGUUCGAGAAAAACAAUGACUUUGGUGAUGUUGUUUACACUUUUGAAAUACCUUUCCACGGCAAGACCUUUAUUUUAAAGGCUUUCCUGCAGUGCUCUGCUGAAACGGUUUACCAGGAGGUUAUUCUCCAGCCCGAGAAGAUGAUCUUGUGGAACAGAACGGUGGCAGCUUGCCAGAUCUUGCAGCGGGUUGAAGACAACACGAUCGUCUCGUACGACGUGGCAGCCGGGGCGGCGGGCGGUGUCGUUUCCCCAAGGGAUUUCGUGAACGUGCGGCGGAUCGAGAGGAGAAGAGACAGGUACAUUUCCUCAGGGAUGUCGACCACGCACAACCUGAAGCCUCCGCUCUCCAAAUAUGUCAGGGGAGAGAACGGACCCGGAGGAUUCAUCGUGUUGAAAUGUCCCAGCAACCCCAGGGUCUGCACCUUCAUUUGGAUUCUCAACACGGACCUGAAGGGUCGCCUCCCCCGGUACCUGAUCCACCAGAGCCUGGCUGCCACCAUGUUCGAGUUCACCUUCCACCUCCGCCAGCGGGUCAGCGAGCUCUCUGCCAAGCCCUGAGCAGUGAGGGGGGGACAUUCCCUCGCUGGACAUUCCUCUCUCCCCUCUCCUCUGCGGCUGGGGGACACCAGGAGAAGACCCCGCCGCCCCCCAGGAGAGGAUGCCCCCUACUAACAGCGCUGAGAUGGGGCUGGGGGUGCUCAGCUCCUCCUCCCCCAACGGUUCUCCUUACCCGGGGCCCUGAAACCACUGACAGUUUGUGCCAAACCCCCCUCCCUGCCCUCCCCUGGGUCCCACCUCCUCCUGCCCCUCACCCAGGGCUGGGGGGCUCGUCUCUGACCCCCCUCCAUUCCCCCAGACUCCUGUUCUUGUGCCCCACUUCCACGAGAAAGAGGGAGCAGAGGAGAAGGGUGAG